AUGGUUGCCAGCGACCGCAGGUUUGAGACGCAUGCCCCCAGUCGCUCCCAGACCCUGAACCAGCCCAAAGAUGAGGAGCUUGAUUUGCUUGGCUGGAAACGGACUGACAAGGACAAAGAGAAGGUCUUGCCUGAUCUUCCCGCCAUAACUGCCAGAGAGGAGUCGCUUGUCAAGUCCAAGCUGUGCACCCAUGUUGAUACCAUUGAGUGA